AGGCGGGCAGAAGGUUCCAGAAGCGGCAGCGGAAGAUCAGCUAUAAGCGCUGGAUCCUGUAUUAUCUGGUUUUAGGCGGUUUAUUAGCAGCAGAAACAGCAGACAGUAGAGGAUAGUUACUGCUUUAAUACACAGCGAUUUACUGCUGAUACUGCUGCUCUUUUACUCUGUUUAAACAGAGUAUUUAGGAGUAUUACGAGUGUGGGUUCUGGGUUUCCUCCUGAACUCUCGAGCUGAUAUCUAAAGCCAGCCUUACAGAUCUGGGAUCAGUUUGGCCUUUGGAAACAUGGACGUAAAGGUGAUCAGUAACCCGACGGUGUCUGUGCGGCUCACCAGCACCCUCAGCUCCUUCGAGGUGAACCGGAGAUUCAACAGAGGGAUCACAAUCGCUGAGUUCAAGAGUAAACUGGAGCUUGUGAUUGGCUGCCCUGCUGCAUCGAUGGACCUUCAGUUGUUCAGCACCUCGGAUAAGUUCUUACAGAAUAUGGAGGAUAAUGAAGCUCUGCUGGGCUCCUAUCCUGUAGACGACGACUGCAGAAUACACGUGAUCGACCGCAGCGGUACUCUAAGUGGAGCGUUCAGUGAUUUAUCCAAGGUGGAGAAAUAUGAGCUCUCUGAUGAUGCUUAUGAAAAGAGAACAGAUUCUGUACGUAACUUUAAGAAGAACAUGAAGAUGGGGCGCUUUAACGAGGAGAACAUGGCUAAGCGUGAGGAGGAGCUCGCUCAGAAGGAGGAGGAGGAGAAAGCAGCGUUAGCCUCCAUCACCGUGGGAAAGCGCUGCCAGGUUCAGGUCGCUGGGCAGCCCACCAAGAUCGGCACAGUGAUGUUCGCGGGUACGACAGACUUUAAACCAGGAUACUGGGUCGGUGUGAAGUAUGAUGAGCCUCUUGGGAAACAUGAUGGCAGCGUGGGCGGGAAGCGUUACUUCGAGUGUGAGCAGAAGUACGGGGCGUUCGUGAAGCCGCUGACCGUAAUGGUGGGAGAUUUCCCGGAGGAGGACUACGGUCUGGACGAGAUGUAGACUGAGAUUAAACAAGAAAAUCAGAAACUCCUGAUCUCAGAUCAGAGGACGGACUGUGACUGGGCGGCAGAGCGUCGUCUCUGCGACCGAGAGGGUUCCAUUAUUUCCUCUGUUCUCAUUAACUAAUCAUCGCUUCACAUCACAGCACUGGAGUAAAGGAUCGAUAUUCACUGCGCUCUGAAGAUACCGGGGUGUUACACCAUGCUUCUGCUGUAGACUCGGGACAGAAGUAGACGCCUGUCUAGCGGAUCAGCUGAGCCGGGAUUAGCAGUGGAUGGUGGAGUUUGUGACGUGUUCUGGUCUUUGCUACAUGUUGAUUUAAGCGUAUUUGGAGAUUGUUUGGAGUUCGUAGUCUGGAGUUGCUGAAGUCUGUUGUUUUUCUGAUGUUUUUCCAUCUUUGAACUCCUUUAAUUAAAGGAGAAUUAAUUUUCUUUGAGAUUUUCUAUAUGAAUUAACUGUUUUGAUGUACCGUAUUUUUCACAUUAUAAGGCACACCAGAUUAUAAGGCACACUAAGGUCUAUUUUUAUACAUAAAGUGCACCGGAUUAUAAGGCGCAUUUUAUGCGACACUAGUAACUAGUAAAUAGAUGUAGGAAAAGGGGUGUCGCCAUGUUUUUCUUCUAAAUUCAGCAAAACCUUUAAAACUAAGAUAAGUUAACAAGACUGUGAUUCUUAAAAAAAACUUUCCAGACAAGUCAGACAAGUGAAAUGAGAGCUGUAUGUUAAUCUACACAGAUUUCUCUUCUAAAAACUGUGUAUUUGGGUGAGAAACUCUUCCAUUUAUUUACAGUUAGCUUAGAUUUACAGAUUUACACUAAAGCUGAAGUAUUAGCAGCGAACCACUAGUGGUGUGAUAUUAUCUAUUAGCUUACUUUUGAACAACAAAGAGCUAGCGCUCAGCAUGAUUAGCAGCUAAUGCUAAUGCUGCUCCAGGAGUGCUAGCUGGGGUUAGUGGCUAAUGCUAAUGCUGCUCCAGCAGUGCUAUCUGGGGUUAGCAGUGAAAUACAGGCUGAUAAUACUCACCUCUAAACGGCAAAAGAGCUAGUGUUCAGUACGGUUAGCGGCUAAUGCUAAUGCUGCUCCAGCAGUGCUAUCCAGGGUUAGCAGCUAAUGCUAAUGCUGCUCCAGCCUUAGUGCUGGAGAACUUAACUGAAACUCCUGUAUGACUCUGUACUUCAGUGGAGUGGCUUUACUGCUUCUUAAUACCUGACUGGUCGAUUUUUGGGAAACGUAUAAGAUUUUCGGUGCGCCUUAUAGUGUGAAAAAUACAGUAAUUUUAGUGAAGGGUUUUUCAUGUGAAACUGUGCGUGGAAGUGGUGAAGAUGGGAGCCUGUGGGCUUGGUUUAUCAUUUGUUUUUCCCUUUAAAAUCCCAGAGAUUUGAAAUAUAAACCUGUAUUAAAUAUUUACUCUGAUAUUUUGUUGUAAAAUCAGAACACUGUCCUCAAAUAUAAAACAGAAUUAUUAUACCAUGUUGGAUAAGCUUACAUACUAAAAUAAAAAUAAAAAAACCCUCAGUAAUAUGCUAUGAAUAAUAUGCUUAUCCUAAAAAAAAAAACAUCGUUUUAAGACAAAUCCUAAUCCUCUUUAUUCCUCUGGUUCCAUCUCCUCCUCUUUCACUACAACAGCAUUCAAAACAGCACAUUUCACAAAAACUAAACUGCAACGAUGAAAAUGAAUGCCUUUUUCUUUCAUUUUUUAUGAUUUUUUUUUUUUUUUUUUUGCAUCUUAACAGUAAAAUUAUGCAGAAAUUCUUGUUUUUUAAUUUUUUUCCUUUUAAAGUUCAGCCACAUUGAAACUGCUCUUGUUGUAUGUAUAUAUGUAGAAUAUGUAUAAGCAUUUUUUUGGACGUUGUAGAAAAAUGUUUAUUCGAGUCCACUUCGCCCCUGAUUGGCUUUACACAUAGAGGAUGUUCAUAGUGCACUACGAUUAUCUUGUAUUGUCUCUCGUCUUCAGUCUUCAUUCCAUUGUUAACUCUCCUGUUUUCAGGGCUGACGCAGCGUUUAGCUCUUUAUAUAAAGAUGUAAUGAUAUAAUGAGCAUCUCUGCCUUACAGUAAAUUACAGAGAUCCGUUUCUCUCAGAAUACAGAGGUUUUGCUGCACAGCAGAUGAUGUUGGAGGUUUGGAGGAUCUGUUCUGUUGUAUCUGUUUACUAAUAAAUGCACUCAUGCAUGAACCUACCUUAAAAAUUCA